ACCCCAUAUUCUCGGGCAUCAAGGUGUUCUUUGCGCCCGCCCGCACGACUUCCUCAACACGCUUUACGCCACAACCUUAUGCUCCCGAUGCGGGCGGGCGGGCGCACUGUGUGAUUGCCAGCGACACCGACCAACCGGAGAGGCGGCACGGGAGCAUCGCGAGAGCAAGCCCGGGGAUACACCGGAGUGCCUGCUGUCUGAAGCACUGCGCGUCCAGCACAGGACCGCAUGGACACGAUGCCGGGGGAGCAGCAAGAAACCGUGCACCGGCAGAUCCGCUUCGCCGAUGGGAGCGGAAGCAGCAAUGAGGCCGACAAGGACAGCGAGGGAAGCGGGAGCCCUGUGAUGGAUCUACCGGAAGAUCAUAUUCAGCAAAUCGGACCUCAGCUUAAACUGCUCCCCAUGAAUGACCAGAUCCGGGAGCUGCAGACCAUAAUCAGGGACAGGACCACAAGCCGAGGGGAUUUUGUAUUUUCUGCGGACCGUUUGAUACGACUUGUUGUGGAAGAAGGCUUGAAUCAGCUGCCAUACACGGAAUGCACUGUUACCACACCUACUGGUUACAAGUACGAGGGGGUAAAGUUUGAAAAAGGAAACUGCGGCGUGAGCAUAAUGAGGAGCGGUGAGGCCAUGGAACAGGGUCUGCGCGAUUGCUGCCGCUCCAUCCGCAUUGGGAAAAUCCUCAUCCAGAGCGACGAAGAAACGCAAAGAGCUAAAGUUUACUACGCGAAGUUCCCUCCGGAUAUAUACAGGAGGAAGGUGCUGUUAAUGUACCCUAUAUUAAGCACUGGGAAUACAGUUAUUGAGGCUGUAAAGGUUCUGAUUGAACAUGGAGUCCAACCUGCGUGCAUCAUAAUUCUCAGCCUCUUCUCUACGCCGCAUGGUGCAGUCUCCAUCAUCCAGGAGUUCCCUGACAUCACCAUACUCACCACCGAGGUCCAUCCAGUUGCUCCUACGCAUUUUGGACAGAAGUAUUUUGGAACAGACUGAUCACUUGAAGACUCUUUCUGGGUGGAAACUUGAGGCUGAGCAGCAUCCUGCACAUUUCAGUACAAUUACUGCCUUCUCCAGCUUGGAUAGGACUUUAGGAUAUGCAAUUUUUACUGUAAACCAUUUUUUUCUAGCUUUUUACGUGGGACUUCUGCCUUGUCACAAUCACCAACAGAAUUGGUAUUUUUACUUGAUUUUUUUGACUGCUUCUUGAGCUCCCAAGGUGUUUUUAAUGGCACAUUCCGUUUUAAAGCAGCUUGCGAUAGUGCGGAGGCAUUUACGGGCAUCACAACGUAUUUAUUUAUUUGUAUUACUGUUACGAUGGAAACAAUAAAACGGUGGUUCGGCCAACUAGGA